GUCCACACACAGAAACAGAAACAGAAACCGAACACCGAAACUGAAACUGUUUGUCUCUUCCUGAGAAACGAGCAAACUGAAAGGUAGGCUCUGAGCUUCAGAGAGAAAAAAUGGUUGUAGAUAUCCGGACUUGGGAGCAGACAUUUCAAGAACUAAUCCAAGAGGCAAAACCCUGGGCCAAAUGGACGCUGAAGUUGGAUGGAAACCUUCAGCAAGACUGCCUGGCUCACGGGUGGAAGCAAUACCAACAGAGAGCAUUUGGCUGGUUCCGGUGUUCUUCCUGCCAGCGAAGCUGGGCUUCUGCCCAGGUGCAGAUUCUGUGCCACACGUCCUGGGAGCACUGGACAUCUCAGGGCCAGGUGCGUAUGAGGCUCUUUGGCCAAAGGUGCCAGAAGUGCUCCUGGUCCCAAUAUGAGAUGCCUGAGUUCUCCUCGGAUAGCACCAUGAGGAUUCUGAGCAACCUGGUGCAGCAUAUACUGAAGAAAUACUAUGCAAAUGGCACGAGGAAGUCUCCAGAAAUGCCAGUAAUCCUGGAAGUGUCCCUGGAAGGACCCCAUGACACAGCCAAUUGUGAGGCAUGCACUCUGGGCAUCUGUGGACAGGGCUUAAAAAGCCACAUGACAAAGCCAUCCAAAUCCCUACUAUCCCACCUAAAGACUGGGAAUUCCUCACCUGGAAUUGGUGCUGUAUACAUCUCAAACCAAGGCAAGAACCCGUCAGCUGAGACAAAAGAGGCUAAGGGGAGAGGGUAUGAGGAAUUAGGGCCCAGUCGAGACCCAGAUCCAUUGAACAUCUGUGUCUUUAUUUUGCUGCUUGUAUUUAUUAUAGUCAAAUGCUUUACAUCAGAAUGAUGAAAAUAGGCUUGCCACCUUCUCUUGUUUUAAUUCCAUGGUAAUCAAUGAACUGGCUGUCAUUUUAAUAUAACUGAGACCAAGCAGGAUCAAGUUUGUAGAAUAAACACUGGUUUCCUAGUUAUCCUCUGAAAACAGUGUAAAACAUGACCACAUAAUAAAUUUAGUAAUAAAUAUUGUCGAAUUGCUAAAAAGUCUUCAAUCAUUCAUUCCCUAAGUCAUUCAGUGAUAUCAACAUAGCUCAGAAAGUGUGGUAGGCUGAAUAAUGGUCUCUCCCAACAUACGCACAUCUUAAUCCCCAGAACCUAUAAACAUGUUACUUUCCAUGGCAGAAUGGACUUUGCGGAUGUAAUUAAGGACCUUGAAAUAGGUAGAUUAUUUCAUAUUGUCCAGGUGGAUAAGAACCAGGAUUUUAUAACAGGGAGGCAACAAGCUCAAAAUCAGAAAAAGAUCUGUCAAUGGAACAAGCGGUUGAAGUGCUUUGAAGCUGGAGGAAGAGGUCACAGGCAAAAGAGUACAGGCAGCCUUUAGAAACCCCAAAAGGACAAAGACACAAAUUCUUCCCUGGAGUCUCCAGAAGGAACCAGCCCUGCCUGCACAUGGCUUUAGCCCAGUGACACUGAUUUUGGACAUCUGGCCUUCAGAACUGCUUGCUCACAAACUUGUCUUGUUUUAAUGCA